AGAAAGAAGAGGCCUGUUGAGAUGACCCCGUGGUCCAGUUACAUGUUAGGAUGGACAACCUUCCUCCUCUACUCCCAUGAGACAAGUGGAAAGAUUCCUAAUAUGAGGUCACCGGGCAAACACUAGAGUCCAUGAAACCCUGGAUUGGUAUAAAAAAGGAUCAGAAAGAUUCAUGUGCCUUUCCCUUCAUCUACAAGGGGUCUUCUUACUUUUCUUGCAUCAAAACCAAUAGCCUCUCCCCUUGGUGUGCAACCAGAGCCAUUUAUGACGGGCAGUGGAAGUACUGCAUGGCGGAUGAUUACCCGCGAUGCAUCUUCCCCUUCGUCUAUCGAGGAAGGUCGCAUAACAGCUGCAUCAUGGAGGGCAGCUUCCUUGGAAGGCUGUGGUGCUCUGUCACCUCCAGCUUUGAUGAGAAGCAGCAAUGGAAAUACUGUGAAACCAAUGAGUAUGGGGGAAAUUCUUUCAGCAAGCCCUGCAUAUUCCCCUCCAUCUACAGAAAUAGCACAAUUUCUGAGUGCCUUGAAGAUGAAAGCAACAAGUUCUGGUGCCCAACCACUGAAAACAUGGAUGAGGAUGGAAAGUGGAGCCUCUGUGCUGACACUAGAAUUUCCUCCUUGGUUCCUGGCUUUCCCUGCCACUUCCCAUUCAACUAUAAAAACAAAAAUUAUUUUAACUGUACCGACAAAGGCACAAAGCAGAACCUUACGUGGUGCGCAACCUCUUACAACUAUGACCGGGACCACACCUGGGUGUAUUGCUGAUGCAAAGGGGAGGAGAAAUAUCUUCAGAGGAAGAUGGAUAUACCAAGUUUAGAACCUGCUUCGUCUUUUUCAUUGAGUCUUUCAAGUUUAAUCGCUUUUAGAAACACCUUGUCCGCCAUUUUGCUUAAUCACUUGGUCCUUUGUGAAGAACAGAGGGGAAAUGUGGCAUAACCACCAAUAAAGGAGCCCACAGUUAACCCCAGGGCUGCCCUUUGUGCUUCUUGGAAUGAGAGAUAUGGUGAGGGACUGGAAUGUGUGGUGAAGGAAGUGUUGGUGAUGGGUUGGUGAGUCUCAUGGGGGGAGGUCAGAUUCUCAGCCCAGGGGCCCUUGGAAGUUAACUGCAGCCUGCUAUCUCUUUCUGGGAACCCACAGAUUUGGGUGGAGCAUUUAUAGAUACUUGUUAAAUCAUUAAUAAAUAAAUUAGUUAGU